AUGGGAAUUACGAAAUCAAAACAAUAUUUACUAACAACCUAUGAACUUUAGGAAUUUGCUGAUUAAGCCAAUAUAUCCUUAGAAGAUGUCUAAUGUUUAUAUAAAAUAUUUUAAAAUCUCAGUAGUCUAAUCAAAGAUGAUGGAGUUAUAGAUUUCAAUGAAUUCCAUAGAGGAUUUUAGAAUAAGUAAUAUUUAUUAUUCUUUAUAUUAAGAUCCUAAGAUACUACCAACCUUAUUUUUACAAGGAUUGAUCUUAAUAAUGAUAGAGUUCUUAAUUUCAGAGAAUUUCUUUUUGGCUAUGCUACAUUUUUAGGUUAAAAUAAAGCUGCUUAAAUUAAAUAUCUCUUUAAAUUAAUAGAUAAUAAAAAUGAGAAUGUAAUCUCUCUGUAUCUAUUAUAUGUAGUUAAUUUCUAAAGAAAAAAUCAUUGAAACUCUUAAUUGUUUAUUACCUAAUUUCCCUUAAAUUCAACUUACCAAAGAAGAAUUUGAAGAACUUGUAGUCUAAGAAUUAGAUUUUAUUUUCACGAAAACUAUUCCAACAUUUAAAUAAUUUAAUGAAGAUUAAAUUGAAGAUUUUUAGAAAGAUAAAUAAAGAACUCUAGAUUAUCAAUAAUUUUAUUUAUUUAUUUCUGAGAAUUCAUAUAUUUUAGAAUGGCUUAAUCUUCCAAAAAUAUUUCUAAAAUCAAAUUGA